AUGUUAAGUGGUCGUGACCGAGGACGACAACAAGAUAUUAAUGAAGCCUUCAAUCAGCUACGAGAAAUCAUUCCGUGUUAUCCAGUUAAUAGGAAAAUGAGCAAACAGGAAAUUCUUCGUGGUGCGAUUCGUUAUAUGAAAAUUUUGGAAUAUUUGCUUGAGUGUCGCCAUCGCUGGUUAGGGCAUGUUUUCCGUCGUAAGUCACAAGAGUUGACGUAUAUUUCGUUACUUGCUAAACCAUGUGAUGCGAUGGCGUUGGACCGAGCAGCUUGGAGAUGUAUUACUCUUGUAGCCAGCGGAGCCAGCCUAGCCAGUAAAGAUAAGAGCUGUUAG